AUGGACAAGGAAGGCAAGUACCAGGCGGAGGUCAUAGGAGACGGAACAGCCAUUGAGUUUGGGGAAGACAUGAUGAAGAGAGCCCUCCAGUACUCAGCCUCAUCAGGGGUUCCGGAGCUGUUGUCCUGGCUAAAAACGUUUCAGACGAAUCUUCAUCAUCCACCCACCACUCAGUAUGGUCCAGACCAAGGACAAAUGGAGAUAUGUGUCACCACAGGCAGCCAGGAAGGACUUUCCAAAGUGUUCGAGAUGCUCGUUAAUCCCAGAGAUAACAUCCUCCUAGAUGCUCCUGCGUACUCUGGAACACUUGCAGCUCUGAGACUGUUGGGCUGUAACAUCAUCAACGUUCCCAGUGACCACCAUGGAAUCAUUCCAGAUGCCCUUAGAGCGACGCUUUCCAAGUGGAGACCAGAAGAUGGACGGAAAUCCAACAGCAAGAACCCCAAAUUUCUUUACCCCGUCCCAAAUGGCGGCAACCCUACUGGAACCUCGUUACCGGUGGAACGGAAAAGGGAAAUAUAUGAGCUGGCAAGAAAACAUGAUAUUCUGAUAAUAGAAGAUGACCCGUACUAUUUUCUCCAGUUCAGCAAGCCGUAG